AUGUUCUCGUUUCUCUUCAACGGCAAACCACAACCGCCAACCACCGUCCCCUCAGACACAAUUAUUCCUUUGAACGGAAACGAUGACAAUUAUGUUAAUCGAUGUAUUGUCAUGUUGUUCAUGAUGCGCUUUGACGAUGUCUUAGAUCCAGAGAAACUACGUUCAUCGUUAGAAAAGCUUCUGGAGCGUAAGGGUUGGCGCAAACUGGGCGCUCGUCUGAGACUCAACAGUCAAGGCAAGCUGGAGUAUCACGUACCGGAAGAUUACAGCCCAAAAAGGCCAGCUAUUGUGUACACUCAUGUCAAGCACGACGUAAACAUCGAAGACGACCCUCUGGCUUCAAAACUGCCGAAAGCCACUUCGAAGCCAGCCAUUGUUGGGGACUCGAAAGAUUUCGAAGAGUUGAUGAGACGGCCAGAUGGACCAAAGAGCCUGGACGACUACAUCUACCGGGACGAGCCGCAGCUCGGUUUGCACAUUGUUUCUUACAAUGACACGACUCUCGUUUCUCUCAACUGGAUGCAUACACUGUUCGACGCCAUGGGUAGGCGAGAGUUGCUCACAGCAUGGACGGCGAUGUUGGAGGGCCGCGAAGACGACGUCAAGCCUUUCCUCGGUUUUGAUGUCAAUCCAAUGGCAGAUCUCGGUUCCAAUCCCACGGAGAAAUACGUCCUAGCCGACAAGCUGGUCUCUAUGUGGGGAAUGGCAGUGUUUGUUUUCCGCUCAGUAUGGGAAACGUUCGCGUACCCACGGGAAGAGUUGCGCAUGGUGUGCAUGCCGGCGGCGCAUGUGAAGAAACUCAAGUCUUCAGUGAAUCAAGAGCUUUCGGAACAGACCCAUGGCUUACAACAAGCUUUUGCAAGCGAGGGCGAUGUCUUGUUCGCAUAUGUAACCCGGCUAUUCCUUCAACACUUGCCGAAAACCUCGCAGCAGACGAUUCACAUGAUGAACGCUUUCGGAUUGCGGUCAGUACUCAAGGGUGACUGCCUCCCUGCAGACAAAGCCUAUGUCGGAAACGCCGUCAGUUCGGUUAAUACGCUUCUCUCUGCAAAGGACAUCCUCACAAACCCGCUCAGCUACACAGCAUGGGCCAUCCGCAAAUCCAUCAUGGAACAGGGCACCAGGGAGCAAGUCGAAGCUCGAGCGGCCCUUCAGAAGGCCGUGAAAAUGCCCAUGUUUGGGGACGCUACUAUGCAACUAGUAACCAUGUCGAACUGGGCGAAAGCUAAUUUCUUCGACACUGAUUUCUCGGCGGCGGUAACGACAGCUGGCGUGGGCUCAAAAGAGCGGCCCAAUAGACUAGGGAAACCGACCCUCAUCCUUGGAAACACCUUUGUCAAGGGAAUCAGUAUUCGUCAAGUUGCUAGUGUCACUGGUAAAGACGCCGAUGGUAAUGUCUGGUGGGGAGGUACAUUACGAGAAGGGCUCUGGGGGAAGAUCGCGGAAACCCUGGAAAGAGACUUUUGA